AUGUUUCGGCGCCCGAGAGAGACUGAGCCCGACAGGUUCUCAAAGAGACUUAGCGAAACACUUCAACCUCUCACUGUGAUUCCUUGGGGCGGGCUCGCAAUGUGCUAUCUGGGCGUCCCCAUCGCCAUUGGGGCCUCUAUGGUUGUGGUGCAGGACAAUGACUACACCGCUGCCAUUGAAAAGCUUGAGGGCGCAGGAUUCAAUCGAAAUGUUCCAAAUCGCACCCCUGCCCCCGAAAUUAUGGAGAAUCAUCCCAACCCACAGCAGAUGAUGGAGGAAAUCAAUGCUGGCUACCAACGCUUGGAUCAGUCUUGUGCCGUAUUUGAUUAUCCACAAGGUGAUCCAGAAAAGGGCUUGCAGUUGUAUCUAUUUCCGAACUCCUUUGCACAUAUUUUUCGAGACGAAAUCCCCCGCUUUUCGGUCGAGAUACGAGAUACAGAGCGAUUCGAAACCUACGGCAAUUUGCACUACCCCUUAGAACAGGCACUAGUGGAAAGCUUUGUGAAGGCUGCGAUCGAUGAAGAAACAAACACUGGUUUUUCUGCGUGGGGCGAGUCACUGAGAGCCUGGGUAUCUCUGAUGACAGGAUACCUAGAGGUUGAUAACGAUAUCAUCGAUCAUUGCCCGGAUAAACAGGCAGUCGAAUGGUAUAGUCAUAACUUUGGUCGAAUUCAUGAGGCAAAUUUCGGUCCCAUUGAUCGACGCGUUACAAAACGCCUCGGCUCAGGAAAAGAAAUGCCAGUAGAUAUGAGGGGGAAUCCUAUUUAA